AUGAAGGUGGCAGGAGUCGGGAGGCUGGAAAGCGACUCCGAUAGGGUUUCUGCUGAAGGCGGCGGCCGCCACAGCAGCUCGCGGCAAGGCGCAAACGAAGACGGCGGCCGCCGCACUGGCCACCCCGUGUGGACGGUAAACGGCCGAGAUGGCCAUCGCGACGCCGAGUCAACGGAAAGGGUUAGCCAAGACGGGGAAAGAGAACGUGAAGACGGCGACCGCUGCUCCAAAUUCCCUGCGGGAAGAGUAAGCGAAGACGCCGGUUUCUCCCACAGUGACUCGAGAAGGGUCAGUGAAGACCUAGGCCACCACUGCAGUGUCUCUCGGGAGAGAGUCAGGGGCGACAUUGGCCACUGUCACAGCAGCUCUUGGGAGAGAGUAAGGGGAGAUCGCGGCUUCCGCAGCAGUGACGUGAAUUUAAGUAGAAUCGGUAGCAACCAAACUGGCGACUCCGGGGGAACAGUCAGAGAAAAUCGGGGCCUCUGCCUCAGUGAUACUUGGGAGGAAGUCGGAGAAGUCUGGGGCCCCGGAACCAGUGGCUGUGGGGAGAGAGUAAGUGACGACCGCAGUCGCCGCCUCAGGGGCUUUUGGGAGGGAGCAAGCGUCGACCGCGGCCACAGCCUCAGUUCUUGGGAGGGAGUAAGUGAAGACUGCGGCUACGCAGCUAGCAACUCCUCCGGAGUGAGCGUCGGUGAAGAUUCCGGCCGCCGUCUCAGUGGCUUCUGGGAGAGAGUAAGUGUAGACGAAGCUUCCCGCUUCAGGACCUCUUUGGAGAGAGCAAGGGAGCACCUUGGCUUCUGUCCUAGCGACGACCCGGAAGAGGGCCAUUACCGCCCCGAGGGAUGGGUGAGAGCAAGUGAAGACCGCCGAAGCAGCAGGGGCCUGGGCUCAACUCCUCCCCAGAGACGGAGAGGCUGCACCAUGCCCGGGGUGGCCAAUUCAGGCCCCUCCACUUCUAGGGAGGCUGCAAACCCGUUAGGUACCAGGAGGAAGGUGCAUUUCAGCAGCAUACAUGAUGCAGUAAGAGCUGGAGAUGUAAAGCAGCUUUCAGAAAUAGUGGAACGUGGAGCCAGUAUUAAUGAAGUCGAUGUUCUUCAUAAAUUUACGCCUUUACAUUGGGCAGCACAUUCUGGAAGUUUGGAGUGUCUUCAUUGGCUACUCUGGCAUGGAGCUGACAUCACACAAGUAACAACAAGAGGUUGGACGGCAGCUCACAUAGCUGCAAUCAGGGGUCAAGAUGCUUGUAUGCAGGCUCUUAUAAUCAAUGGAGCAAAUCUGACAGCUCAAGAUGAUCGUGGAUGCACUCCUUUACAUCUUGCUGCAACUCAUGGACAUUCUUUCACUUUACAAAUGAUGCUCCGAAGUGGAGUGGAUCCCAGCAUGACUGAUAAGAGAGAAUGGAGACCUGUACAUUAUGCAGCUUUUCACGGGCGGCUUGGAUGUUUGCAACUUCUUGUUAAAUGGGGAUGUAGCAUAGAAGAUGUGGACUGCAAUGGGAACCUUCCAGUUCAUUUAUCAGCCAUGGAAGGCCACCUUCACUGUUUUAAAUUUCUAUUCAGUAGAAUGAACAGUGCAACACAAGCUUUAAAAGCCUUCAAUGAUAAUGGAGAAAAUGUACUGGACUUGGCCCAGAGGUUCUUUAAGCAGAACAUAUUACAGUUUAUCCAGGGAGUUGAGUAUGAAGGAAAUGAUGCAGAAGAUCAGGAAACUUUAGCAUUUCCAGGUCAUGUUGCUGCCUUUAAGGGUGAUUUGGAAAUGCUUAAGAAAUUAGUAGAAGAUGGAGUAAUCAAUAUUAAUGAGCGUGCUGAUAAUGGAUCAACUCCUAUGCAUAAAGCGGCUGGGCAAGGCCACAUAGAGUGUUUGCAGUGGUUAAUUAAAAUGGGAGCAGAUAGUAACAUUACCAACAAAGCAGGAGAGAGACCCAGUGAUGUUGCUAAGAGGUUUGCCCAUCUGGCAGCAGUGAAACUGUUAGAGGGGCUACAGAAAUAUGAUAUAGAUGAUGAGAAUGAAAUUGAUGAAAAUGACAUGAAAUUUUUUGUAAGACAUGGUGUUGAGGGAAGCACUGAUGCCAAGGAUGAUUUACUUCUGAGUGAGUCAGAUAAAACAGAUGCCCGAGUGAGAGCUUAUAAGAAAAUUACAGAAUUGAGACAACUCCUGGAAAUUGCUGAAAGCAACUAUAAACACUUGGGAGGCAUCACAGAAGAAGAUGUAAAACAGACGAAAGAACAGCUUGAGUCUGAAAAGACCAUCAAAGAACUGCAGGGCCAGCUGGAGUAUGAACGAUUACGUAGAGAAAAAUUAGAAUGUCAGCUGGAUGAAUAUAGAGCAGAGGUGGAUCAACUCAGGGAAACACUGGAAAAAAUUCCUGCCCCCAGCAUUACUCCUAUGGAAGAGAGUUCUUCUUGUGAGUCAAGCAAAGAGAAGAGGAGAGUGAAAAAAAAGAUGUCUUCUAGGGGAAUGUUUGUGAGAAGGUACUAAUUACUGAAAUAAUUUUAAAUAAACUGAUUUUUCUCUUUCAUUUUAAAUAUCGAUAUAAAUGUAAGUGUAUGUAAACUCUUCCCAGGAUUACCCUGGAUGGUCUGCUAUUCCAAUUCUAAAGGCAAAACUACGUAAUAUGGCAGAGAAAUUUUUAAAAUUAUACAGACUCAGUUGU